AUGAGAACACUACCGGAUAUCGAGAACCUUCUGCAGCCUUUAGAGCGUGCAAUCUCGGAUGUGCUUAUACCAUCGCUCAUAGGACGUAACUGCUCUGAGGCAGUGCGCGAUCUAGUAGCACUGCCGGUGCGUAUGGGAGGUCUUGGGCUCAUAAGUCCAUCUGAUAGUGUGGAUGCAGAGUAUUCAGCGUCUAUUAGUGCAAGCGCUCCACUUGUAAGCAAAAUAGAGGCGCAAUCCCAUGAGACCCCAGAAGAAGCCGAGGUACAACGACUGGUAUACGUCACCCGGAAAGAAAAGAAUGAUGGGCUAAGAGACGAGCUUGAGGAGGUGAAGGCCAUGUUGCCAGAUUAGACACAGAGAGCCGUGGACCUGGCCUGUGAAAAAGGCGCAUCCAACUAG